UCUACAAUCGUUUCUGUAAAAUGAGAGUUGUUUUGACUUUAAUUGUAACCACCAUAUGUUUGUGUACUUAUUCAAGUGCCAUUUUCAAUGAAUACACAUCGUGCAAUUCCAGUUCCUUCAUUGGGGUUUUGAAACUUUUUAGUAUUGUACGCAAUGAACAAAAAGAGUUGAAUAUAAAACCGGUGCAUGCACUGGAUAAACCAUUCAAAACGGCCACAUUUGGUAUGGGCUGCUUUUGGGGAGCCGAAUCGUUGUAUGGAGCAACAAAGGGUAUUAUGCGCACCACUGUCGGAUAUGCCGGUGGCUCUAAAGAAGGACCAACGUACCGUAACCUAGGCGACCAUACAGAGGUACUGGAAAUUGAUUUUGACCCUGAGGUGAUUUCGUUUCAAGACCUACUCAAACUAUUCUGGAAUAACCAUGAAUAUGGCCUAACAACACCCAUUAAAAGGCAGUAUAUGUCUCUUAUUCUCUACCACGAUGAAGAACAAAAGAAAAUUGCUGAGCAAUCAAAGCAGGAUGAACAAAAAAAGAGAGCACCAGAGAUAGUCACCACAGAAAUUCGUCCCAAAACAAAUUUCUAUCCCGCUGAAGAUUAUCAUCAGAAGUAUCGGCUGCAGGGACAUCGGGAUCUGUGUGACACCUUAAAUUUCAACUCAAAACUCUUGCAAACUUCCUAUGUUGGCACCAAACUCAAUGGCUAUUUGUCCGGCGUUGGAGGAUUAGAACAAUUCAAAACGGAAGUUGACACCAUGGGGCUGACACCCACCCAAAAGGAAUACUGCACGUAUUACGUAGAAAAGAAUGAGGGCCAAGGUCUCUACUGCUGACACAAUGCAGGAAAGUGCCGAGGCACCCUAGAUAUUAAGUUAAAAAAAUAUACGUCCUAAAAUUGUAUCUGCUGCUCUAUGUACCCUUCAGUGCAGAUGCAUUAAAUGUAAUUGUCAUUUAGUUUGUAACUCAAGAUCAUAGAUUGACCACUGUCGGAAUGCAAUAUUGUGAUGAAAUAUUAUGUGAUUAUUAAAUAUAUAUUCUGAAAUUA